CGAGAGAGUAAUUAAAUCAACUGAAUUACUCAUAAAGUAGUGUCUUAUUAUAUUGAUGAUAAUAUCUGGUUGGGGACACGUAUGUAGCAGUAGAUUUGAUAUUUUUCAAAGAGUCGUAAAGUUAAAUUUCUUUAAUUUCUUGUAAUUGCCUCAAGCUGAAGCUACCUUCUCAAUUCCCCACUGCCUUUCCGUAAAUCCCUAAUUUUCCAGUUCUAUUAUGAAUGACAUCAAAGAGCGGCUUCUCCCCCCUAGACCUGCUUCUGCUGUAAAUCUCAGAGAUGCAGCAUAUAGACCUUCCGGGACGGGCCGUCAACCUUAUCAAGCAGUUGAUGUUUUGGGUUUGAAGAAGCGGGGCCAAGGUCUUCGCUCGUGGAUCCGUGUUGAUACAUCAGGGGACUCUCAAGAGAUUGAGGUUGAUAAGUUCACUAUGAUGCGUCGAUGUGAUCUACCUGCUCGUGAUCUACGCUUGCUUGAUCCGCUAUUUGUUUAUCCCUCAACAAUUCUUGGGAGAGAGAAGGCCAUAGUUGUUAAUUUGGAGCAGAUUCGAUGUAUUAUUACAGCUGAUGAGGUUUUACUUUUAAAUUCUUUAGAUAGCUAUGUAUUGCAGUAUGUCGUGGAGCUACAAAGACGGUUGACAACUUCUGGAGCAGGGGAAGUUUGGCAUCCUGAAGGUGCUGAGUUGACCCAAAGAAGAGGAGGCAAUCGUUAUAUUGAGAAUAUGCAUGACAGCAACUCACCCGAUUAUUUGCCCUUUGAGUUUAAGGCACUUGAAAUAGCUCUAGAAGCUGCUUGUACAUUUUUGGAUACUCAGGCAGCAGAAUUGGAGAUCGAAGCCUAUCCGCUGCUAGAUGAACUGACGUCAAAGAUCAGUACCUUAAACUUGGAGCGAGUUCGUCGAUUGAAAAGCAGACUUGUUGCGUUGACACGAAGAGUUCAGAAGGUUAGAGAUGAGAUAGAGCAGCUAAUGGACGAUGAUGGAGAUAUGGCUGAAAUGUACUUGACUGAAAAGAAAAGCAGAAUGGAGUCAGCUUCCUUGUAUGGUGAUCAGGCUAUGUCAGGAUACAGAUCUAAUGAUGUCGCAUUCUCUGUUUCUGCUCCUGUUACUCCUGUUUCUUCACCCCCUGAUGGGCGAAGGCUUGAGAAAUCUCUGAGCUUGGCUAGGAGUAGGCAUGAGAGCUCGAGGAGUUCAGAGAGUGCGACAGAGAGUAUAGACGAACUAGAAAUGUUGUUGGAGGCUUAUUUUGGACUUAACAAGCUGACAUCGCUGAAGGAGUAUAUCGAUGACACCGAAGACUUUAUUAACAUUCAGCUGGAUAAUGUACGAAACCAGCUCAUACAGUUUGAGUUGUUACUCACUACCGCAACAUUUGUUGUAGCCAUCUUUGGUGUGGUAGCAGGGAUAUUUGGCAUGAACUUUGAAAUACAACUGUUCCAGUAUCCAAAAGCAUUCAAGUGGGUCCUGAUAAUUACUGGAGUCACGGGGUUUGUCAUAUUUUCUAGUUUCUUAUGGUUUUUCAAGCAUAGACGACUGAUGCCGUUGUAGAUGAUGAGACUGGGAGAACAGUAUCCAUUUUUGUAUGCAGAACUCCCCUCGAAGCAAUGCUUCUCAUAUGCUACUUAAUGGUAUCUUUCAGAUGUUUAAUCAUAUAUGUUCGGUCUAUCUGUA